GAAACAGCACUCAGGAUGAGGAGGAGAGGAAGUUAUGAUGGCACCACUGCCCCCAUACAGCCACACCUGCGGGGUCUGGUUCAGAGGAGACGUUCUGCACCAAACCUGGUGCUGGGCAAAGCUUUAGGAAUGACUUGGACUCCAAUAAGGGAAGAAGCUCAGUGUCUGGUGGCGGUGGAUCAGUGUCCCUUCGUGCUGGGAUUGACCAGUGAGAGCUCAGAGCUGAUUCUGGAUGAAUGUGCUCAGCUGACCGAAGGGCCGAAGACCAGAGACAGACACCUCUUCCUCCUCAGUGAUGCCCUGGUCAUCGCCAAGCUCAAGUCAAAUGCAAGUUACAGACUGAAACACAGGAUUGAUCUGAAGGACCUGUGGGUGUGUGGCUUUGAAAAUGAUGACGACGAGGCAGAGGACGAAGACACAGAUGUGGAUCUAAGAACAUCUAUCAUAUUGGCUUGGUCUGUUUCUCUGUGCUUGGCCUCGUUCUGUUUGCCUGAGCUAAAGGACCACUGGCUUGAUACUCUACACAGGAAAACUGCAGAGGCAAGAUCGAGAGCAGGCAGCACUUCUCCACCGCCCAGCGUCCUCAUGAAGGUGCUGAGUGGCAAUACCACGAAUAAAACUCUAAGUGGAGUUGGGAUGGACUCUGCAGAGUUGCCUUUUGAUGGCAAUGGCAAAAUCUCCACCCUCUCGAAGCAGUUUCAUAACCAACAGGCACAUGCACAGCAGCCUAUUGACAAUGGAGGCAAAAGGAACUUUUUCUCCAAGCUGAAAAAAAGCUCCACCAACCCAAGUGUACCUGCUCAUACUGAGUCCAAUACAAAGAACAUGCUGUUUGGACGACAUCUCCAAGAUGAUGCCACCCUUCCAAAACCAAUUACUGAAAUACUCCUGCUGUUGUUCAGGAAGGGUCCAUUUACUGAGGGUGUCUUCAGAGUCUCAUGUAACAGCAAAAACCUGAAUGCUCUCAAAGAUCAGCUGAACUCUGGAGCCCAGGUGGAAAUGGAGGCCCUGCCUGUGACGCUCCUGGUUGGAUUGUUGAAGAUUUUCCUAAAGGAACUCCCUGGAGGCCUGCUGGUAUUUGAGCACUAUGAAAGCUGGAUCAGUGCUCUGGAGAAAGAGAGGAUAGAGGAUGCUCAGAGGGAGCUGAGAAGAAUGGCAAAGAAGUUGCCCAAAGCAAACAGUCUCCUCCUGCAGCACCUGCUGUGCCUGUUUCAUCACAUCAGUCAGCAUUCAGAAACCAACAAAAUGGAUGCCAAGAACCUGGCAGUGUGCAUUGCUCCAACCUUGCUGCAUCGUGACAACCAGCCCCUAGAUAGGGAUGAUGUAGCAAAGGCCACAAAUCUGAUCCAGUUCCUAAUUGAAAAUUGCUGUGAGGUAUUUGGAAAUGCUAUCCUGAAGCUUUUUGGGGAUUUAGAGGAUCAGGAGUCCAUAGACAAAUCAGAUUCAGCCUCCCUGAUGUCCCCUGAUAUGUCUUUUGAUGUCCACCAGCAUGACUCAGCAUAUGACAGCACAGAUCCUGAUGUCGAUUGUGAUUGUGUAGAAGCUGAGAGCCGGUCUCAGGAGGACAACAUGAUGCCACAUGGGAGCCCAGGUCUAUGCAAACUAGAUCUCUCUGACAUUCAUUCUUGUUCCUCUGAAGCCAUAUUUGAUACUUUCACAAAUCCCUUCAAUCGACGGUGCUCUGAGCCCUCCAUUUUUCCUUCCGCCCCCAUGACGGGGUUAAGAGAACUUGCCCGCAGCCAUGACAAUUUUUCAACAGAGAAGGAAGACUUUGACGAACAACCCCUUAAGAAGCAGAACUCAGAUGACUCUUUCUUGCAUCCCCACCGCUGUGAGAACAGAAGAUCCCACAUAGCCAAGACUUUGAACAUGGACUUGCCAAUAAAUGUGUCUUCUCCAACAUCUAAGGCUGGUUCCUGCCCAUCAUUCUGUUCUUCAGAUAGCACCUCCUCAAAUCUCUCAGAGCAAUCAAUAACCACGUCACCCUUGCCAUCCCCUGUAAGCCCCCGCAAGUCUACUAGGCAUUCAUCCUUCAUGAGUAAACCUAAACAUGCUCAAGGAGACCUGGAAGUGACCCGACGAUCCCUCUCAGUGAGGGCCAAAAGCCUUGGGAACUUUACGUUUAACAGAGGCAGUCUGAAGAAGGGAGAGUCCCAGAAGGAAGUGGUCUUCCCAUGUGAAACUCUCCAAGAGGACUCACAAAACGAGACAGAGAACAUCGACGAGCUUGUUCGCCGUCAACGGCCUCUCUCGGCCAUCGAGGUCUUCCAACACGUGGAUAGUCGUAUGCCAUGCAGCCCCCCAUCCUAUGAGCAAGCUCUGCAGACUGGAGCACAACCGGCACCUCCGCAGUACCGGGCCAUGACGGUCCAACACGCCAGAGAGCUUGGCAGGAAGUCUCGCCCAAUAUCCAUGAAUGACAACCUGCUGGUCCAUUACAAAGUUAACGAACCCACAGAAUACAUAGAAACAUUCACAGAAAGUGUUCAAUUAGAAGAACCACAGCCAGUGUCGUUCCGGCAGAGGGCCAUGUCCGAGUCAGUGUCCCAGUCGAGGCAUGAACGAGUGUCCCGAAGGUGUAGUCAGCCCGUGUUUGAGGAAUUCUCCUAUGCAAAGGAAUCUUAUGUGUGAGUGUUCUUUUCUUAAUUGCAAUACCUAACUCCUGCUAAGAUUUAAAGAUGAAGUGUGUAAUUUGUUCAUGAUUAGCAUCACCAAGUUGGUAGAAUUGCAAAAACAGUGAUUGAUUUCAAACAGGUUUCCUAAAGACUCAAUACAUUGUUGCUGUGUUGGGCUGAACAGGAAGAUUAACCCGGCAGAGUAAUGUUUUGAUAGUGUGACAAUGUUUCAGAUAAAUCAACCCAUAAAAUUGUUUGCUUAAUAGUUACGUUAAACCAUGAUAGUAGAAUGCAUUUUAACAUUGCACACUUCAGCUUUAAAAUAACCUGCAACUAUUAAGCUGUUUAAAUUAGUGACGCAUAUAGUAAUUCAAUGUGUUACAGCAAUUUCAUAUGCUAAUAUUAAGUCGUUUUUGAACUCUUGCCAGUAUGAAGCUAUGUAAAUAGACAGUUAAAAUAAUUAAAUUGUAUAAUAUAGUAAAAUAGUUGGUGGUAACUGAGGAAUUUUGAUGUAGUAAGAAUGUACAGCUGUAAAUUACAUGAUUUCUGUAUAAUUUCUACUCUUUAUUUCACUACAAUAAAGAAUAUUAGAGCUCA